ACAUGGGACGACCCUUGAAAAGCAACUCCUAAACAGAAACCUCGAACGCCUAUCGAACGAUUUUGGUGUCUUAUUAUCUUGUAAUACGUCUUUCAUUCACGCUCUUUUGCUAUCAUUUCUCUCUAUUCACACCACACGAGCUGCGGUCUCAGUCUGUUUUUCGAUUACUUACAGUUGACAAAUAUUCCUUAUCCCCGCGAUUUGAAUUACUCCGCCAGGCCAAUAUUGAUUGGUUUCUUACUUCUAAAAAUGGCGCGGCAUCUUUCCGUCAUCGUCAUUCUGGCGAUCGCGGGUUUCUUAGUUCUGUCUUUCAUGACAUCCUUUGGUGACAAAGCAGGACCAAUACGACAAGUAUUGCCAGUAAAAGGUGUUACUGAACGACCACCGGCCGAUCCAGCACCGAUCGCACCGAUCGCACCGAAUGUGAAACCAGACACAAAUUUGAAGACGGAAGUUAAGGAAGACGUGGAAGCAGAUGCGAAACCAGAUCUGAAGUCAGAUUUCGCCCCACUGCCAGGCGAUAUCCUGACAGGAGGCGCAAUAGCUCCAAAGCUAGAGAACGCAACUCUGAAGGCCGAACUUGGUCGCUCGACCUGGAAAUUCCUCCAUACCAUGAUGGCACGUUUCCCCGAUAAACCCACUGCAGACGAUUCUCUUGCGCUGAAGACAUUCGUCCAAUUAUUCGCGCGGCUAUAUCCAUGCGGCGACUGCGCGCGGCACUUCCAGAAGCUCCUCGCCAAAUACCCGCCACAGGUCAGCUCACGUAAUGCGGCUGCGGCUUGGGCCUGCUUCAUGCAUAACCAAGUCAACGAGAGGCUGAAGAAGCCUUUAUUCGAUUGUAACAACAUUGGCGAUUUCUAUGACUGUGGCUGUGGGGAUGAUAAGAAGGAGACAACAGAAACCAUAGGAGAGCUCAAGUUAGAGAAGGAAGGAUUGACUAAAGGUGGUUGAUUGUAACAUCGUAAAGUAUCGUCAUUUUGUUUUUGGGAGCAUAGCGACCGGAGUUUCGAGUUUCUGGUCAUUAGUCUGUAUGGAAAACAUUUGACAGACAACUCCUCGACUUGAGGAAUAUUUAUACUUUAUUGUGCAGAUUGGCUAUUCCUUUAUGGUGCGCUUUUCCUAGAUUCCCGUUGACCAGGUAGAUAUUCAUUACUUUGUAGGUAGGUAGAUAUCAUCUAUUCGAAAUCAUAAGACCAGUC